AUGAGCGAACACAGCCCGACGCGACCCGCAAUAGAGCCCCGGCGGGCAAGCGAAUCGGUGGCGGACAAUGGCACCAGGACAGCCGAGGAACGGGGAAGGGAGCGGCAGAGCACAAGCGGCACAAGAGCCCGCAGUACCGGUGCUAACAGGCAGCUCGCGCGGCAACCUCCUGCAUCGGCCCGGCAUGUUGUUCGAGGAGUGGAUGAGGCAGUGGCGCCGACGCAGCAUCCACAGGACCGUAAAGGCGCCCCGGCAGUCAGGUUGGACAUGGACCUGGACGUUGAAAUCGACCUCAAGGCCAAAAUACGUGGAGACCUCGAGCUGUCUAUAUUGGACUCGGAGCAAACGCCGCGGUGA